GGCCAAUGUAAAUUCUUUAGUGGCACGUGACCAACUCGUCUCGCUGAUCGCCUCGUCCUCUCUUCGGAAGUCACGUUGCUUAAAACCAUGCCGUUUCAGCAAGGGUAUGGCCCACGCCCAACAAGACCGCGGUAUGAAGACACCAGCAGCCCAAAUCCAGAGCAGUUCCGAAAGUUGUUCAUUGGUGGACUGAGCUAUGACACUGAUGAAAAGAGCCUUCGAGCACAUUUUGAAAAAUGGGGUGAAAUUACUGACUGUAUUGUGAUGAGGGAUCCAAACACAAAAAGAUCAAGAGGGUUUCGGUUUCAUCACAUAUAAAGAAGCAUCACAACUGGAUGAAGCCCAGAAAAACCGACCCCACAAGGUUGAUGGUCGAGAAGUAGAGACAAAACGGGCCAUGCCUCGUGAUGACCCCAUCAACCAACAGAGUGUCCAAAAAAUGUUUGUAGGUGGGCUGAAAGAUGACACCACAGAAGAAAUGGUGCGUGAAUGUUUUGGGGGUGACAUCGAGAGUGUAGAAAUGAUCAAAGACAAAACAACUGGAAAGUCACGUGGCUUCUGCUUUGUCACAUUUUCCGAUGCUGACACAGUCGACAAACAUGUUUUGAAAAAGCAUUAUGAACUGAAUGGUCGUCGUGUAGAGGUGAAAAAAGCUUUCUCCAAGUCUGAAAUUGGAUUUGGCCGUAAUGACUAUGGAAACUAUGGUCCUGGAAAUUACGGUGGUAGUGGAGGAUUUGGUGGUGGUGGAGGUGGUGGCUACGGAGGCUAUGGACCCAGCAGAGGUGGUUAUGGUGGUGGCAACUAUGGUGGUCAAGGGGGUUAUGGUAGCCAAGGCUGGAACCAAGGUGGUGGCUAUGGGGACUAUGGCUAUGGAGGUCAAGGAGAGCGUGGUGGCUGGGGAAAUCAGAACUACAAUGCGUACAACAACAACUAUGGUGGGGGACCCGUGAGAGGUGGUGGCUAUGGAGGUGGUGGCAGCUACAAUCGACGAUAAUUAUUCAUAGCCAUCGAAUGGGGACUUUCUUCAAGGCAGGCUCACACAAACCAGGCAGGCAGAACAGCAUACUAGCUUCAGAAGUCUGUAGACGUCACCAAGGGGACGGUCAUCGUCCCUUGCGGCUGCGUGCACAUAAGUAGGGAGUGCGAGCCAGACACUGCUGCGCCUGACUGCCACUUGUUUGUGAUUGGUCUAUAUCCUGCCACAGACACUGCUCUCCCUUUGUUCUACCUCAGGCCCUGCUCCAGUUGAGUCUACAGCUGGCCCAGCCCGGUCUGGCCUGGCCUGGCGGGCCCUGCCCACACCAACUGUAGCAUGGAGAUACUGCACUGCUGCUAAAACUAAUAACGUGGUCCAAGUGUGUGUCUGCCCCACACUGUGCUGGUUCUGUGGUAUUUCCGACAGAAGCACCGUAGCCUCACUUCUUUGUAAAGAUAAAACAAAUUCUAAAAGCAGGCAAAAUUUCAAAAAAAGACUAAAGAAUUCACCUUAUUUUUUUUACGCUGAAAAGAAACAAGACUGGUUGGACCCAAUAAAAUGCAUGUUCAUUUUUCUGUUAACUUCUAAGACCACUUUGUCAUGUAUAGACAUUUAAAAAGCUUACGGACAUCCAUUGAUCCCAUACUCAUGUUUGAAGCCAGGCUAAGUGAGAGCUAGAAUUUUAGGUGAUGCAGUGGGGCAGAACUAGUUUAGAGGGAUAAUAAAGCAGGUGAAGUCAGGACAGUUGGUGGGGGUGGAUAGAAAGCCUUACAGGGCUGUAGGGAAUUUAAAAUAUUUUAGGCACAACUAUGGCAGACUGUGUGUGCCUAGAGCAAUGUGCUGUUGAGAAAACAGUGCUUGGCUUUGUGCACACACGGAGACAGGCAAGGCAGCGAGGGAUGGCAGCUAGCCCAAGUGGGCCUGGCCUUUUGGUCAAGGACCAGAGGGGGUCGCUUCUGCUCUUUACACUCACUUCCCAGCCUUUGUCAGAACAAGCUAGGACCCAGGCUCAUGCUGAGCCGCUUUGGAGAAGUCUCUUAACAAAUGAUACAAAAACACAGACUACACCCUUGUCGCGUUUCCAGCUUUUUUUUUUUUCAAAUACAGAUGUCUAGUUUAUUGGAGUACUGGUGUCAAGAGUGAUUUUGUUAUACAUGUCUAGCAGCCAAGGAUUUUUUUAUAGUCCUUUUUUUUUUAAAUGUUGUAAAAGGGAUUAUGUAGGUUAUAAUGAUGGCUGGAUUAUAAAUAUAUAUACACAUUAUACUAUACACCUGUUAGCUUAGGUUAAGUGUUAUUUUACUCUUUGUGCAUUGACAGUUAAGUACAUCAGGGAAAUGAGAUGCCUAUGUUCUAUUUUACAUCAACACUCAAGUUGUUACUGUGUCGGUAUUGUGAAUAACGACAUCAUUCAUGCGUCAUCAUUUCCAUCAACGGAUCUAUUAAAGUUGAUGUGAUGUACAGAAAA